UACAGCAGCUCACAUCUGGAGCACCGAGUGACGCGACAGGGUACUGCCGACGUCUGCAAAGUUUCAUCUGCUGCUGGUGCCUAACUUUCUACAAUGCUUCUCGGUAUGCUUGCUGCGUUAAUUUCUUCUUUCCUCCUCAUCGAGGCGAAAGAGAAAGACUUUUACACUUUUAAAGUAGUUAACAGCAGAGGCAGACUAGUGUCCCUGGAGAAAUAUCGGGGUUCGGUGUCCCUGGUGGUGAACGUGGCCAGCGACUGUGGCUUCACGGAGGAGCACUACCGGGACCUGCAGCAGCUGCAGAAGGACUACGGGCCGUACCACUUCAACGUGCUCGCCUUCCCCUGCAACCAGUUCGGCCAGCAGGAGCCCGGCAGUGACAAGGAGAUUGACAGCUUCGUGCGCAGAGUCUACGGAGUGUCUUUUCCGCUCUUUAGUAAAAUCGCUGUGGUUGGAACGGGAGCCAACAACGUCUACAAGUACCUGGCCGAGUCUUCAGGGAAGGAGCCAGACUGGAACUUCUGGAAGUAUCUUAUCGACGUGAGGGGGAAAGUACUGGAUGCAUGGGGCCCCGGCGUGUCCGUCAAAGACAUCAAACCCAAAGUGGCGGAAUUGGUGCGAGGGAUCAUUUUAAAGAAGAAGGAAGAGCUUUAAAGAUACCAACAUUGUUCAACUUUAUUCCUGUCCUUGCCAAGUGCAAACCACUGUCAACGUUACAUUUGAGGCCAAUGCCACAAAACCCUGAAUGGGAUGUGUUCUACUAAAAUAUAGGGUUAUUGGAAUAAUGGAAAAAAUCAUCAAACUUUUCGCUACCUUUUAUGAGCACUAUUAAACCCUUUAUCACCACUAUGUUGUCGAAAGUUCCCCGACCAUCAGAGGUAUUCAACAUUUGUUUUUCAUUGGAAGUCAUUUUGUAAAGAAGCAAAAUAAAUGUGUUCCGUUUUGUAAA